UUAGGCGCGCGCCGGACCUCCACCCACCUCCUUCUAGAACCCUCCAGAACCUUCCUUCCCCCGCAGCCCUGCUCCCCCCGAACUCCGGCGAGGGGCGGCGGCGCGCCCCAGAGCCACGGCCUUCGCCUCCCGCGGCGGGGGCGGAGGAGCCAAGGGAGAGACUGCCGGCGGCGGCGGCGGCGGCGGCGCCGGGGAUGAAGUACCCGCCCAUCCCGCCGCGCCGGGCCGCCUCCUGCGGCUGCGGGUACCUGGCCGCCUUCGUGGCCCUCAUCGUCAUCACCUCGCUCCAGAUCCAGCACCACCACCUCAAGGUGGAUCUCGGGAGGUCCGACUACGCCGCGGCCACGGCCACGCAGCGGCGGGAGGGGAACGGGAACGGCGGCAAGCAGGGGACGGCGGCGGCGGCGUCCCGCUGGAACCGGAGGACCGGCGCCGAGGGCCUGCCGCGCGGGAUCGUCGAGACCAGCUCCGACAUGUUCCUCCGCCCGCUCUGGGACUCCACCGCCAAGCACGCCAGCGCCAAGAAUAAGCAUGACCAACACAAAGCUCUGUUGGCGAUGGCGGUCGGGAUAUCGCAGAUGCAGAAUGUGGACAUCAUGGCUCGUAAGUUUCUCAAUGAGAGCUACACGGUCAUGCUGUUCCAUUACGAUGGAAAUGUUGACGGGUGGCGUAGUCUUGAGUGGAGCGAUAAGGCCAUACACAUACUUGCGCCCAACCAAACUAAAUGGUGGUUUGCUAAGCGUUUUCUGCAUCCUAGUGUUGUGGCUAUCUACGAUUUCAUCUUUUUAUGGGACGAAGACCUUGGAGUGGAAAAUUUUGAUCCGAGGAGGUAUAUUGAUAUAAUGGUUUCCGAAGGCUUAGAAAUCACACAACCUGCAUUGGAUCCUGAUCUAUCAACAGAUAUUCACCACAGAAUCACAAUCCGCAACAAGCUGACAAAAGUGCAUAGGAGAGUAUAUGACAAUCGUUCAAGCAUGAACUGUUCUGAUGAUAGUAGAGGACCUCCAUGCACAGGGUGGGUUGAGGGCAUGGCUCCAGUUUUUUCUCGUGCUGCCUGGAAAUGUGUAUGGCAUCUAAUACAGAAUGACUUGAUUCAUGGAUGGGGCCUUGACAUGAAGCUUGGUUAUUGUGCUCAGGGUGAUCGAGCUGAGAAGGUCGGUGUAAUUGACAGUGAGUAUGUCGUCCAUCAAGGGAUACCAUCAUUAGGAGGACCGUCAGAUACUAGCAAGUUACCUCGAAGAUCUAUGGAUUUGCGGACACACAUUAGAAGACAAUCGUCAGCUGAGUUGGAGAUGUUCAAAGAACGGUGGGAAAAAGCCGUGAGGGAGGAUGACGAGUGGAUGGAUCCUUUUGACGCCUGAUUACUUUGGAAGAAUUAUUAUCUGACAUGAUGAUACAAGGCCCACAAUACAUGGGUGGAUGCGUCCACAUUCAUCAUGGCGGUUGGAGCCGAGAUCAUGUGGGCCUCAUAGCAAAACAGUUACUCUUUUGCUGACUUACACACACCACUCUGCCCUCAAGAGCUAGAAGAACAAGUGGGAACGGCGUCGCUAAUACAUGGAGAGACUGAGCAAGAACCCUUAUACCACCAGUGACUGACACAGUAUCUUGUAAUCUUAAUUCGAUUCUCCAAUCACCGAGGUUGUAUAGUGACAAUGCAUAUAUGUAUGUGCAGUUAUUUUAGCAAAAUAAUUAUUUAUACUAGAAAGAAAAAAAAGCUUGUCUCAUAGUCUACUGUGCCAUCUUGACAAUAAGCCACGACAUGGUUAAGUCAGUUGUAAGGCGGAUUGUUUGGCAGAACAAUGUGAACGAUAUGGCGUCAUGCAGGCCCUCAGUGAUCA